GGAGACUUAAAUGCCUCCUUUUUCACCUCAUCCCUGCUUCCAGACUAAGCUUUUGGGGGAAUUCAAUCUCUGCAUAUCUUCUGAUUACAGAUCUGCCUUUUCUAAACUCUUACUCAACAACUUGGCCUGAGAUAAUUAAAAAUUUCUGGUCAGGGCACACUGUGAUGAAAUUGGAAGGUCUUGAUUGGAAUCCAUUUACCCACAGCCCUUUAUGGGAACAUCAUGGGACCUCACUCAGGGUUCAAAUCAAUGGGAACUCUAAUGCACAUUAAAGAUGAGAAAACUGAGGUUCUAAGACAUGCAGUAAACCACACAAAGUUUGCAUCAGCUGGGAAGUGAUGGAGGCAAGAUUUGAAGCUGGUCAUUCUGGCUUCAGAGGCUGUACACUAAGCCACAAUGCUGUAUUGUUCCUCUGGACCUUGGUUCCUUUAUCUGUGAAAAGAAUUUUUCUCAUGGUGUUGACAUGAAGGAGAAGCCCUGCCCGCCAUGGAGGUGGAGGCUGCGGAAGCCCGAUCCCCAGCCCCAGGCUACAAGCGCUCUGGCCGACGCUAUAAGUGCCUGUCCUGUACCAAGACAUUUCCAAAUGCUCCCAGGGCAGCACGUCAUGCUGCCACACAUACACCUGCAGACUGCCCAGAGGAAGUGGCCGAGGUGAAGCCAAAGCCAGAGUCAGAACCCAAGGCAGAGGAAGCCAGUGGAGACAAGGUGUCAGGCUCAGCAGCUAAGCCUCGGCCCUAUGCAUGCCCGCUGUGCCCCAAGGCCUACAAGACUGCACCAGAGCUGCGCAGCCACAGUCGAAGCCACACGGGCGAGAAGCCCUUCCCGUGCCCAGAGUGUGGCCGCCGCUUCAUGCAGCCCGUGUGCCUGCGGGUGCACCUAGCCUCACAUGCUGGUGAGCUGCCCUUCCGAUGUGCACACUGCCCCAAGGCUUAUGGGGCUCUGUCCAAGCUGAAGAUCCACCAGCGCGGUCACACGGGAGAGCGGCCCUAUGCUUGCGCCGACUGUGGCAAGAGUUUCGCGGACCCUUCGGUGUUCCGCAAGCACCGGCGCACGCACGCUGGGCUUCGACCUUACGGCUGUGAGCGCUGUGGCAAGGCCUACGCCGAGCUCAAGGACCUCCGCAACCACGAGCGGUCCCACACCGGUGAACGACCCUUCCUGUGCUCUGAGUGCGGGAAGAGCUUCUCCCGCUCAUCUUCCCUCACCUGCCACCAGCGUAUUCAUGCGGCCCAAAAGCCCUAUCGCUGCCCGGCCUGUGGUAAGGGCUUCACGCAGCUCAGCUCCUACCAGAGCCAUGAGCGCACUCACUCUGGUGAGAAGCCCUUCCUCUGCCCACGUUGUGGCCGCAUGUUCUCUGACCCCUCGAGCUUCCGGCGCCACCAGCGGGCUCACGAGGGUGUGAAGCCUUACCGCUGCGAGAAGUGUGGCAAGGACUUCCGGCAGCCGGCAGACCUGGCCAUGCACCGGCGGGUGCACACAGGCGAUCGACCCUUCAAGUGCCUGCAAUGCGACAAGACAUUUGUGGCAUCUUGGGACCUCAAGCGGCAUGCUUUGGUGCACUCUGGCCAGCGGCCCUUCCGCUGUGAGGAGUGUGGGCGAGCCUUUGCUGAGCGUGCCAGUCUCACCAAGCACAGCCGUGUGCACUCUGGUGAGCGCCCUUUCCACUGUAACGCCUGCGGAAAAUCCUUUGUGGUAUCAUCAAGCCUCAGGAAGCACGAACGGACCCAUCGAAGCAGUGAGGCUUCUGGGGCUACUCCCCAACAGGAGCUGGUAGUGGGACUGGCGCUGCCUGUUGGCGUUGCGAGUGAAGGCUCUGCCGCCCCAGUAGCAGGUACAGGGCUAGGGGACCCUCCAGCAGGACUGCUAGGGCUGCCCCCAGAGUCAGGUGGUGUGAUGGCCACACAGUGGCAAGUGGUUGGCAUGACUGUGGAACAUGUGGAGUGCCGGGAUGCUGGUGUUGGGGAGGCUCCCAGUUCCUUGGGAGGGACGGGAGAGGUGGGAGGUGAGGAAGUUGAUGAGAAGCCACCACAGUUUGUAUGUAGAGAGUGCAAGGAGACCUUCACCACCCUGACAUUACUGCGAAGGCAUGAGCGGUCACACCCAGAACUCCGGCCCUUCCCUUGCACCCAAUGUGGCAAGAGCUUCUCAGACAGGGCUGGGCUGCGCAAGCACAGUCGCACCCACAGCUCUGUGCGCCCCUAUGCCUGCCCCCACUGUCCCAAGGCUUUCUUGAGUGCCAGUGACCUUCGCAAGCAUGAACGCACCCACCCUGUACCCAUGGGAACCCCCACACCCUUGGAACCCCUUGUGGCUUUGCUAGGAAUGCCUGAAGAGGGGCCAGCCUGAAACUGGUGGCUCUCUCUACCACAUUCCCUGGAGCUCAGCCUGGACAGGGUGCCUCCUGAACCGAUUUGUACCCAGCUCACUCCAUAGACUCCAGAUCCCUGCCCCUAGGCAACUAGCUCACCUGUUACCUAAGAGAGCUGGGGAUAGUGGAGACCAGCAGCAUCUGUGACAGGGUUCUCUCUGAGUAACACUCAUUAAAGCAUUCACUUUGACA